CCCGCCCAGGGAGCUCAGGAACCUCCACCAUCCUCCUGCCGGGGAUUCUCCGACACUAGCUUGGCAACGGCUACGUAUCCCCAAGCUUCAAGACACAUGCACCGGAUCCCAAAAGCGCAAUUGAGCUCUCUCCCAGCAGCGCAGCCAGCUACGCCCAAACGCAACGCACCCUAGCUGUGCGGCCGACUUUCUCUUUUUUUCCCACCCACCACCACCACCACCACAUCGCCAAUCCCUCCUACGAAAUUCGAGAUUCUUUGCCCGGGCUGCUUCUUCCUUUCACAGCCUGUGAAUUUCGGCAAUCAUGCGGUCCCUUCUUUCUCUUUGCCUGCUCUUCCUGGCUGCCACCGUGCAUGCCGUGAGCGUCACCGGCGGCCGGCUCCUGGCGAUCCUGGACGAUGUUGCCGAGAAGGAGGGCUACUCCAAGUUCCUGGGAGAUCUGGAAAGCCGGGGAUUCAGCAUCACAUACCAGACGCCCAAGAGCGACUCUCUGCAGCUUUUCAAGCUCGGUGAGCGGGUGUACGACCACGUGUUGCUCUUCCCGUCCAAGAGCAAGGGCCUCGGUCCCAACCUGACCCCCAACAUCCUCCUCCAGUUCAUCAACGCCAAGGGUAACAUCCUGAUGUCCCUCUCUUCCACCGCCACCGUCCCAACAUCCAUCGUCAGCCUCUUGGCCGAACUCGACAUCGCCCUCCCCGCCGACCGUACCGGUCUCGUCGUCGACCACUUUAACUAUGACACCGUUAGCGCCGCCGAGUCGCACGACGUCCUCGCUAUCCCGGCCCCCAAGUCGCCCCGCGCCGGCGUCAAGAGCUUCUUCCACGAGGAUGGCCAGGUCAUCGCCUUCCCCAAUGGUCUCGGCCACGUUCUCGGUGCCGGCCAGCUGCUUACCCCGAUUCUGCGCGCCCCCAAGACGGCCUACAGCUACAACCCCAAGGAGCAAGCCGAGGUCGUCGAUGCCAACGACCUGUUUGCUGCCGGCGAGCAGCUCGGUCUUGUGUCCGUCUUCCAGGCCCGCAACAGCGCCCGCUUCACCCUUGUCGGGUCCGCCGAGUUGCUGAGCGACAAGUGGCUCGAUGCAAAGAUCAAGCCGGCGGCCACGGGCAAGGAGGUCACGGCGUGGAACCGCGAGUUCGCCAAGAGGGUUGCGGGCUGGACUUUCCACGAGACCGGCGUCCUGAGGGUCAACAACAUCGAGCACCACCUCAACGAGGCUGCCAACGAAACGAACCCCGAGAUCUACCGUAUCAAGAACGAUGUCACCUACUCUAUCUCCCUCUCCGAGUACUCCUGGGACAAGUGGACCCCCUUCACUGUUCCCAACGACGAUGUCCUUCAGCUUGAGUUCAGCAUGCUGUCUCCUUUCCACCGUCUCCCGCUCGAGCUCAAGUCCAGCACCGCCGAUGCCUCCACUUACACGACCUCUUUCACCCUGCCCGACCAGCACGGCAUCUUCAACUUCAAGAUCAACUACAAGCGCCCUUUACUCACCAACCUAGAGGAAAAGAACACCGUCUCGGUCCGCCACAUGGCCCAUGACGAGUGGCCUCGCUCGUACGUCAUCUCGGGCGCCUGGCCCUGGCUGACGGGUAUCUUCGCUACCGUCACCGGCUUCGUCCUCUUCUCGGCCGUGUGGAUGUAUAGCGCGCCCACAAACGCCGCGACUGCGAUCAAGAAGACGCAGUAAACGGGGGAAAGGAAUAGAGAAUAGGUUUUGGGUGAGGAGUGCAGAUACAUAAGAGAGGUCGCAGAGGAAUACCGUGACGACGUACGAUGUCUGCAUAGAGAGAAAGAAGAAAGCGAGAAAGCGAGAAUGAGGUCUGAAUUUGACUCUAGGGUCUCGUGGAGCUUGUAACUGUAGUGUACAUCUGGCAUAGGAUGCCCCGUUGCGUCGGGGGCCAAAAAGCUUAGGUAUCAAAAUGACUUUUACGUUUUCGAGUGAC